UAAGGUCAGCACAUAAUCCAGUCCUUGCUUCAUUCAUUUCUUCAUUCCUUCUCAUCUAUGGUCCCGCACUCCGUGAACAUGGCGUCAGUCUACUGAUACAACGUAGUACCAUCCGCUUUGCUUAAAGUACGCAUCGCGCGGAGUACGAAUGGAGGCGUCCUUCGUAUCUAGAGCUAGGACAGCAAUCAAUUCUGCCGCAGCUAAAGCGGAGAAAGUAUUCACAGACAUCAAAAAAUCUGAUUCCAACGCCCACCGAGAUUUGGAUAAACAAUCGCCGAGCGCAUCAACGCCGGAGUCCUCAGAGGGAGCAGAUGAAUCGAAGGAUUACCAUGAAGCAAAGAGUAAGGGAGUAAGGCCAAGGCCAAAGCCAAUAAAGACCAAGCAAGACUGGCAUGAGAGAUUCAGGUACAUAAGAAUAGGCAAAAGGGGGCCCGAGGAUUCCAGGAAGCCUGAUAAUUCAACAAUGGCAUAUGCAAUUUUUGAUGAUAAUUUGUACUUGAAGGAUAACAAAGAAGUCUCUGAUAAAAAUGAUUCAGAAGACCAAGUCACAACGGAAAGUUCAAAGGCUAUGAACAUAGAUAUCAUUCCAUCAUCAGCUAUCGUGAAACAGUUGGCUGUAGCAAUCGAGGCUUCAGUAAACUACAACUCCAUGAAGGAUCUCCUUGUGUCAUCUAGAGGCUCUUCACCCAUCAGAGAGAAGGCUAGCUUAGGUAUCUCAGCGAUGAAGUCACUAGUGCUACGUGAAAAGGAAGAUAAAUUGGCCAGUGAGUUUGGCGGCGACGAAAAAGUUCUGUCUGUAAUGAAUACAUUGCUAAAUGCAGAAGGAUGUUUUACAGGGAGGACUCUCUCAGGUUUGGAAGCACAGAUAAAUGCCACAUCUUUACUUAAGGAUAUUCAUGGUGCUCCUAUUGAGAGUUUUGUAGUUAGCCUCUCUGAAGCGGUUGGUUGCUUAAAAACCUUGCGGAAAAUGGCAUCAUUUUGGUCCAGAGUUGUUGCAGAACUGAGAAGACUCUGGUAUGAAGGGCUAUAUAUUCCCGGGAUUCCGACAGAUGAUAUCCCAGACCUGAAUUCAUGUUUGUUAUAUCAGCAGUUACAGGUCAUCAACUGUUGCAUUUCCAGAAAAAGGCGCCAUACUGCUGCCAUUGAAUCACUAGAGUCAAUAGAGUCUGUUACAUUUCAAGCUACUCCAAAUGCCGAGGACUCUUCAGCUUCUGAUGGCACGCUUCCUGAAGGUCGUUGUUUUUAUGCUAGAACUAAGUCUGGAGAAAUUGUGCUUCGAUUAGGAGCUGAUAGAGAAUGUGAAAACCUAACAAUGCUUGAAACUGGUGAACCUAUAUAUUCGCCUGUGUUGCAGGAACCUCCUUUGCUAACUGAAGAUCUUAUCAAAGAGACAGAGGAGUUUGUGCUAAGAACGGGAAGUGUUGGAGCAGGAUGCUCCCAACUGCUUUCAGACAUGCAGGCCUUCAAGGCAGCAAAUCCAGGUUGCAUACUGGAAGAUUUUGUAAGAUGGCACUCUCCUCCUGAUUGGCUGGAAAAUGACACUAGCAGUGAUUUGGACAAUGCCUCUGAUGGUGGUGAUGUGUCCGUCAAAGGUCAACUUAGUACACGAAUGCAGAAAGAAGGCAAUUUAUGGCGUGAACUAUGGGAAACAUCAAAACCAGUACCAGCUGUCAGACAAGCUCCUCUUUAUGACGAGGACCUGGCUGUGUAAGCUUAUUCAGUCAGAGAGAUGAAAGUUUGAAUUUCUUCAUUUUAACUU